AUGGCAAAGAGUGUUAGAGCCAGUGUUUCAAAGCGCAACAAAGCAAAGCUUCGAGCAACAGUCUUUGGGCCUGCUGUUGAUGCGCGAACAGAAAGACUUUCUGCAAAGCUACAAGAGCUCGCUUCCCAACCAAAACCCCAAGGACAAAAAAAGGGCGUGGAAUUAGAUGCUGCUGGCGCAGACGGCCUGAAUGAGAAUAUAAAGAUGAAGGACUCAGAUUUAAAUGAAGACAUGGAUGUUGAUAGAAUUUCUGCUAAACCGACCACAAGUCGCACAAAUCAACCAGGACGUAUUCAAAAGCGCAACAAAAAGAGUCGUUCAUCCAUUGUCUUCAAACAACAUCCAUCAAAAUCCAAGAAGGGCUCGAAACGCAAGUAA